GUGUGCGAUGUUGUCAAUGUACGGAGUGUCUUGUAUCCAACACAGGUGUUGAGGACGCCAGCUGGACCUUGUACCCCGUACCUCGCCCCCGAGAAAAUACCCUCAGAAACUACAGCCAUCAUAACCACGCCACAUUUACCACAGUGCCAGAAAGAAGAAUAGAGAAAGAUAUUCUUUAUGAUACACGCUUUCACGAGAUUGUCCAGUGAAAAUGUGGGCCGACACACUGUUUAUCGUGUUCAUUUCUAUUUGUACAGCACUGUUUGGGGAAGGGCUUACGUGGCUUCUGGUGUACAGAACUGAAAAGUACCAGAAGCUGAAGGCAGAAGUGGAACGUCAAUGUAAACGAUUGGAAAAGAAAAAGGAAGCUCAUGGAGACAGUAUUGACCGACAACAGAAGCGCAAAAUAGAACGCGAGGAAGAACGAUUGAAGAAUAGUAACCGAGACCUAUCUUUGGUUAAGAUGAAGAGCAUGUUUGCUAUUGGCUUUGCAUUUACAGCACUUCUCUCCAUGUUUAAUUCUAUUUUUGAUGGGCGUGUGGUUGCUAAAUUGCCAUUCAUCCCCAUCUCAUGGCUUCAGGGUCUAAGCCACCGUAACCUGCUCGGUGAUGACUAUACAGACUGUUCCUUCAUUUUCCUGUAUAUUCUCUGCACUAUGAGUAUUAGACAGAACAUUCAGAAGCUUCUAGGAUUUGCACCAUCAAGAGCAGCAAAUAAGCACAGCACCAAUUUGUUUGGGCCACAACCACAACAGCUAAGUGGAUACAAAUAGAUGAAAGAGGUUAUCAAGACACCAAUUUCUUCUCCAUCAUCAACCCUUUCAACCUUGAAGCUGUGCCGUGUGUUUCUAACAAGUGGACAAGAAAAUGGGAGUUAAUUUUCAAUUUCUUUUUAGUUCUGAAAAAAAUAUCUUGUCGUAAUGUAUUUGAAAAUAAUACUCAUUGAUAUUCAGUACAUGAAGCAUAAUGGAGUGCUCUUACACAGAGAGUUUGUGCAGUUAUUUAUGCACAUAGGUAAUGGAUACAGUUAUAAAUCUGUUCAAUAAUAGCUAUUUUAAUUAUAAAUAUGGAAAUUGGAUAUGAUACCCAAGCACUAUCAAAACAUUACAAAUUUUUAAAUAUCAUAGUUUUAUUGUUAAGAGUAUUAAUAUCUUUUAUACUAUCUUAAAUUAUGUUCUGUCAUUUACUUUGAAAAAAUCAGUUGGAGCACUGAAAUGACUUGAACCAGUGAUAAGGGUACUCCCCACUAUGCACCUUACCCCUGUACCCAUUGUGGUAUAAGAUAUAUAACCUGGGAUUAUACUGACUCCACAGGAAGUCUGAAGGCUUCUACUGGAGCCAGUCUUAGUUUUACACCCAAUACCCAUAAAUCCUGUAGAUUCAGUGGAAUCCCAGGUUGAAUAAGUUACACCAUGUUGGGGUAUAGGGAUAAGGUGUGUGGCUGGGAGUGCCCUCAUCCCUGGACCAAGUCACCUCGGGUGUUUGAAAUGACUCUCUUAUUACGUUAGUGUGAUAUCUUUGUGUAUCUGAAGCUGGAGCAUAUGGUUGAUGAAUUAAUUUACCCUCCCCCCCCCUCUCCAUACAUUCUGGUGCAUGGGGGUUAUAUGUAAAACUGGGACUGGCUCAGUAGAAGCCUUCAGACUACCUGUGAAUUCAGUGGAAUCCCAGGUUACAUAAUUUUGACCAUGUCAUGGUGCAAGGGGUAAGGUGCGUGAUUGGGAAUACCCUGAUCGCUGGUUCAUGCCAUCUCGGUACUAUAGUUGAUUUUCUCAUUGACAGCUAUCACGCUAGUGUAACUUCUUUGUGUAUUCACUUUAUUAUUUUAUAAUUUGACUUCCAAGAAAUAACUGGGAAUAAUGACUUUGAGUAGGACACAAAACCAAUGACUGCUGCCAGCAACAUCCUGCUGCCUGUAAAUAUGCUAAGGCAAUGCUGCUGCAGGUAGCAGGAUGUUCCUAGCCACUAUAUUCAAUCCUUACUUUAUGAUGACAUAUACUCAAAAUAAAGAGGAGCUAUGAGAAAAAGUUGCAGGUGUUAAAUAUAGCAUAAUUAAUAGCCAAAAAAAAGGUAAUAUGACUGCCUUGUACAAAGUAUGACAAAUUGAUGAAAUUUCUAAGGAGGAAUUUUUAAUCUCUGCAACAUUGAUAAUUUGUGGUUAUAGAUUCAUAUUGAGACAAUAAAGAUGCCAAAAAUGAUUACAAUAAUUAUUUAAAAAAAAGUGGGUGAUAACUAGUGUAAAUUAAGUGUGAAGUGUAUGCCAAAACCAUAUGACAAAGAUUAUAGGACACUUGGGACACCCCAAAUGUAGCUCUCAUCCUGUAACUACACUUAUGUGAUGACACACAUGUGCUUUCACACACCAUGCAUACACGUUAAUGUACAGUUUACACAUGCACCCCGACACCAUACAUUCACUUCUUGUAAGUGGUACCCACACGAAUCUUUUAUGGAGCUUCAAAUCACAACAUUACUUGUAUAAAAAAAGUAUAUAUAUAUAUAUAUAUAUAUAUAUAUAUAUAUAUAUAUAUAUAUAUAUAUAUAUAUAUAUAUUUAUUAUACAUACACUAUGUAUAUUAAAUGUUUGUUUUAUUAAAAUAGGAAUUAAUUUAUUGCAAAUUUUGUGUACAAGUACAGCAAUAUGAUUUGAAGCUCCAUCAAGGUUUCAUGUGGAUUCCUGUAUGUAUGAAUGAAAAAUAUGUAAUGGAUAUCUUUGUUGGAAAAAGUUACUUAUUUUUUGUCUGAUUAAUAUACAUUUAAGUACUUAUUGGUAUUCCCAUAAAGCAGGCAGUGGUUCCCAGUGUAUUAGGUAAUGACAACCACCUCAAACUCCAAAGGUCUGAUUGUGCUGCUCUCCAUAAUAUUUGUAAAUAGAUCCAAAAAUGGCAAAGUAAAUGUGCAUUCAGAUUAUUUAUUGACUUGGUAAAUAUCGUUGCAUUAAAUCUAUUGAAUGUUAAAGUACAGUAACUUAAAUGGCAUGAAUAAUUAUUUGUACUAAUAUGUAGAGCAAAUAAACAUUUAUAUAUAAAA